CUAAAAUUUAACUCUUGUUUGGACAUUUUAUAAAGUUAAAUCAAAUUAUGGACAGUCUAAUGAGCGACUUCGAGACGUUUACAAAUAGUUGGUGGCCUUACAUUAUCUCUUUAAUUAUAAGUAUUAUCAGUGCAAUAAGAUUUUAUGUUGCUGGUACAUACUGUGAAAGUCCAGUAAGAAUUGAUGGAAAAACUGUCAUCAUAACUGGCAGUUCCGGGGGAGUUGGAUUUGAAACAGCCAAGGAAUUAGUUAAAAGAGGGGCAACUGUUAUCCUGGCCGUCAGAAAUGGCGAAAAAGGUUUAAGAGCUUUGGAAAGAAUCAAGUGGAUCAAUAGCGACGCAAAAAUACAAGUAAAAUUGCUGGAUGUAUCAGAAUUUUCGAGUAUUCGAAAUUUCGUCGACCAGAUUAACGACGAAUACGCUAAGAUUGAUAUUCUUAUAAAUAACGCUGGAAUCAUACGAGAUAAUUCAAAAGAAAUUGGAAAAUUUGGGGGAAAUGGGGGUGAUACCUUUUUAACUAAUUACUUAGGACCAUUUUUAUUGACCCAUUUACUACUACCGUUGUUAAAAAAAUCUGAUAAUGGUAGGGUGAUCAAUAUAUCAGCCUUAGCUCAUUUUAAUGGUAAACUAGAUCUCGAUUUCGGAAAGAAUUCUGCACCGCUCGUUGCGUUUGCAGAUAGUAAACUAGCCUUAACAAUGUUUACUAAAUAUAUGGCACAGCUUCAUAAUGGUGCGAAAAUAACAUUCAAUUCCGUAUCACCUGGUUUAGUACGGAACACAGGACACAUAUCAAAUUAUUCUAAUUUAGGAACUUCUUUUUUAACGAAAUUUGCCGUUUGGCCUUGGCUGUGGUUAUUUUUGAAAACGCCGUACCAGGGUAGCCAAACUGUCAUUUAUCUCGCUGUGGAACCCAAAUUACACAGAGUAUCAGGAUGCUACUUUAGCGACUGUGAGAUUAAAGAGCCUGCAGAUAUCGUCAACGACUUAACAGCUUGCAAAUCUCUUUACGAAGCUUCGUGCAAAGUUGUCGAAUGUAAAACUGAAGAUUUCACAUUUACAGAAAAAUAUGAGACAGAGUGUACAUCGAAAAUAUCUCUACAGAAGUAGAUGUAGUAUUUACAAGACUUAUUUAAUGUUUUCUUAACGAGACUGAAAACAUAAGUUUUUUUUAUAUAUAUUUACAGGUUUGAAUCCUACGUAAUGUGAAAUGAAAUGAUUUAUAUUGCAGUGUCUAUACAAAAAAUAUAAUUUGGCAAGCUUU